GAGCGCGAGGGGGCGGGGAGGGGCAGCGCGGGAGCGGCGAGCUGAGAGCGGCCAGGCGGCGGGUGUGAGCGAGAGCGGUGGCCACCCGGUCGGUCGCUUCGGUGCCGCUGUCCGCUGCGCUGCCCCCGCCCUUGCCGCGCGUCACCGCCUGCGGGACCCCGAGGAGCUCCCAGCGCCCCGGACGGGGCAGAGAGUCGAGACUAGGGGAGCCGACGCUGAGGGAGGAGCCGGGUCGGAGCGGCCGAGCCCAAGGCCCCCGGGCGUGGAGGUGGGGGGCUGAGGCCCCCGAGGGGGCCCCGCUGCGAUGGGCAACCUGGAGAGCGCCGAGGGGGGCCCGGGCGAGCCGCCUUCAGUCUCGUUGCUGCCGCCGCCGGGCAAGAUGCCGAUGCCUGAGCCCUGUGAACUGGAAGAGAGGUUCGCCUUGGUGCUGAGCUCCAUGAACCUGCCUCCCGACAAGGCCCGGCUCCUGCGGCAGUAUGACAAUGAGAAGAAGUGGGAUCUGAUCUGUGACCAGGAACGGUUCCAGGUGAAGAAUCCUCCCCACACUUACAUCCAGAAACUCCAGAGCUUCUUGGACCCCAGCGUAACCCGGAAGAAGUUCAGGAGGAGAGUGCAGGAGUCAACCAAAGUACUGAGGGAGCUGGAGAUCUCACUUCGUACCAACCACAUUGGGUGGGUGCGGGAGUUUCUGAAUGAUGAAAACAAAGGCCUGGACGUGCUCGUGGAUUACCUGUCCUUUGCCCAAUGUUCGGUCAUGUUUGACUUUGAGGGUCUGGAGAGUAGUGACGAUGGUGCAUUUGACAAGCUCCGGUCCUGGAGCAGGUCCAUCGAGGACCUGCAGCCACCCAGCGCCCUGUCAGCCCCCUUCACCAACAGCCUCGCUCGCUCUGCGCGCCAGUCUGUGCUCCGGUACAGCACUCUCCCUGGGCGCAGGGCCCUGAAGAACUCCCGCCUGGUGAGCCAGAAGGAUGAUGUCCAUGUCUGUAUCCUUUGCCUCAGAGCCAUCAUGAACUAUCAGUACGGCUUCAACCUGGUCAUGUCCCACCCCCACGCCGUCAAUGAGAUUGCACUCAGUCUCAACAACAAGAACCCAAGGACCAAAGCCCUUGUCUUGGAGCUCUUGGCAGCUGUGUGUUUGGUGCGGGGAGGUCACGAAAUCAUUCUUGCUGCCUUUGACAAUUUCAAAGAGGUAUGCAAGGAACUACACCGCUUUGAGAAGCUGAUGGAGUAUUUCCGGAAUGAGGACAGCAACAUCGACUUCAUGGUGGCCUGCAUGCAGUUUAUCAACAUCGUGGUGCACUCAGUAGAGGACAUGAACUUCCGGGUCCACCUGCAGUAUGAGUUCACCAAGCUGGGGCUGGAGGAGUUCUUGCAGUCAAGGCACACAGAGAGCGAGAAGCUGCAGGUGCAGAUCCAGGCGUACCUGGACAAUGUGUUUGAUGUGGGAGGCUUGUUGGAGGAUGCGGAGACCAAGAACGUAGCCCUGGAGAAGGUGGAGGAGCUGGAGGAGCAUGUGUCCCACCUCACGGAGAAGCUUCUGGACCUAGAGAAUGAGAACAUGAUGCGUGUGGCCGAGCUAGAGAAGCAGCUGCUGCAGCGGGAGAAGGAACUAGAGAGCGUCAAGGAGACUUACGAGAACACGAGCCACCAGGUACACACCCUGCGGCGACUCAUUAAAGAGAAGGAGGAGGCCUUCCAGCGCCGGUGCCACUUGGAGCCUGGGGCGCGGGGCCUGGAGUCCACGGGCAGCGAGGCCCUGGCCCGGAUAGGCCCCGCAGAGCUGAGUGAGGCCAUGCUGCCCUCCGACCUGGACCUCCUGGCUCCAGCCCCGCCGCCCGAGGAGGCCCUGCCCCUGCCCCCGCCACCAGCUCCUCCCCUGCCCCCGCCCCCGCCCCCGUUACCAGACAAGUGUCCCCCAGCCCCACCUCUCCCUGGCGCUGCUCCCUCUGUGGUGUUGACAGUAGGCCUGUCAGCCAUUCGCAUCAAGAAACCUAUCAAGACCAAGUUCCGGCUGCCAGUCUUCAACUGGACAGCACUGAAACCCAACCAGAUCAGCGGCACUGUAUUCAGUGAACUUGACGAUGAGAAGAUCUUGGAGGACCUAGACCUAGACAAAUUUGAAGAACUGUUCAAGACGAAAGCCCAGGGCCCUGCCCUUGACCUCAUCUGCUCUAAGAACAAGACAGCGCAAAAGGCCGCCAGCAAGGUGACCCUGUUGGAAGCCAAUCGUGCCAAGAACCUAGCCAUCACUCUACGCAAGGCUGGCCGCUCGGCCGAGGAGAUCUGCAGGGCCAUCCACACGUUUGACCUCCAGACGCUGCCCGUGGACUUCGUGGAGUGCCUGAUGCGCUUCCUGCCCACGGAGGCCGAGGUGAAGCUGCUGCGGCAGUACGAGCGGGAGCGGCAGCCCCUGGACGAGCUGGCGGCCGAGGACCGCUUCAUGCUGCUCUUCAGCAAGGUGGAGCGGCUGACCCAGCGGAUGGCUGGCAUGGCCUUCCUGGGCAACUUCCAGGACAACCUGCAGAUGCUCACGCCGCAACUCAACGCCAUCAUUGCAGCCUCUGCCUCUGUCAAGUCCUCACAGAAGCUGAAGCAGAUGUUGGAGAUCAUACUUGCACUGGGGAACUAUAUGAACAGCAGCAAGCGAGGAGCUGUGUACGGCUUCAAGCUCCAGAGCCUGGAUCUGCUGCUGGACACCAAGUCCACCGACAGGAAGAUGACAUUGCUGCAUUUCAUCGCCUUGACGGUAAAGGAGAAAUACCCAGACCUGGCCAACUUCUGGCAUGAGCUACAUUUCGUGGAGAAGGCCGCGGCAGUGUCCCUGGAGAACGUGCUGCUAGACGUGAAGGAGCUGGGCCGGGGCAUGGAGCUGAUUCGGCGGGAAUGCGGCAUACAUGACAACAGCGUCCUUCGGAACUUUCUCAGCACCAAUGAAGGCAAACUGGACAAGCUGCAGCGUGAUGCCAAGACGGCGGAGGAGGCCUAUAAUGCAGUUGUGCGCUACUUCGGCGAGAGUCCCAAGACCACACCCCCUUCUGUAUUCUUCCCAGUAUUUGUCCGAUUCAUUCGUUCUUACAAGGAAGCAGAACAAGAGAACGAAGCUAGAAAGAAGCAGGAGGAGGUAAUGCGGGAGAAGCAGCUGGCUCAGGAAGCCAAGAAACUGGAUGCCAAGACCCCAUCUCAGCGGAACAAGUGGCAACAGCAGGAGCUAAUUGCAGAGUUGAGGAGGCGCCAGGCCAAGGAGCAUCGGCCUGUUUAUGAAGGGAAGGAUGGUACCAUUGAGGACAUCAUUACAGUGUUGAAGAGUGUCCCUUUCACGGCCCGUACUGCCAAGCGGGGCUCACGCUUCUUCUGCGAUGCAGCCCACCAUGAUGAGUCAAACUGUUAACCCCCAAGGCUGGGGCUCUUGACAGGCCUCCAUCACCAGCCCCUUGUCAUUCGCCACCAAGCCAGGAGUGCCGCACCGCCCAGUGGCCCCCCUCGGGCUCCAGGCCCCCACUAAGACCCCCCCCCCCGAAGGCAGAAGCACUUCAACUCUCCAACCUGUGGACCUGGAGCCCUGGAACUGGCCGAGGGCGCAGCGCAGGGCUAUGCUGCUCUCGACCCAGUGUCCACCCCAGCUCUCAAAGCUGUACGUGCCUGACGCCACUGGGGGCCCUAGGUCUUUUGGGGCCUGGCACUUGCCUGGUGCCUCCAGGACUGCACUUUGACCCCAGGGUCUUCAACUUCAUUUCCUGACUGAAAGGUCACCAAGGGUCAGACCAGAGCUGGGAAAAAUCAUUUCUACCUUUAGCCUAUACAGGGGCCCACAGCCUCCUCUGUCACUAGGCCAGAGGGACAAGCGGAGAAAGCAGUUAUCCCUUCUCUAUUUUUUUCUCCCUUCCCUUUCGCAGGCCCAUGAUCAGCUGUGGUCUGGAAGUAUCCAGACUCGGGGGGCCCCAGAACCCUACCAGUCUCAGAUCGCCUUUUACCAGGAGCAAGGCCCACCUAAGCCUAGUCCCCACCCAGCUGUGCCCUGGUGAUAAGGGUAGAGGAGAUGCCACGCUUACUGCCUUUGGCCCUUUCCACUCUAGGCUGACUGUUGUUGGGGGGGCAGAGGAGUAGAGGUUCUCCCUGGAUCGCUAGAGAAAGGGUGUGUCAUCAGCACCCUCACCUCCUUUCCACGGCUAGGGGCUUUUUUAGCAGGAGACGGGGGCACGGUGGUCUCAGGUGACUAUUUUCUCAGUCUCCUGCCGGUUUCUCCUCAGCCCCUGCAGCGGAAUGCAGGGACCCACUUCUUUCUGUACAUGUACCACCUUCCUUCUCUCGUGUACAUAAAUCCCAGACCUUCCCUCUCCCAACAAAGGCUUGAAGCACCA